UCAAAUGUGGUGGCCAGCUUCCCUGCCGUCUUCUUGGCUUGAGGCUUGGAGGAGCUCUUGCGCUUGCCCAUGACGAGAGCUCCUUUGAUAGCAGAGAGCAGAAGUACUAAGCACUUGUAUCAAAUUGUUGAAGUUGUCGGCAGACCAUAGACGUAGAAGAUGUUCAGCAGUCACAAUCGAGCCAAACCUGGAAACAGUUUCGCCCAUCGCGUUUCUUCGAGCAGUCUUGCUUCUGACUAUUGCAGCUCAUGUGCUGGCCUUAAUUCGCUCUAAUCCAUGGCAUAGAUCAGGGAUCGCGUCCUCCCGACAGCGCAUCGGAAUCUCCCCACAAACACGCACCACCAAGAAUCAGCACAAAACCAGCUCGCACCGCGUCUAGUGUCCGGCCUACCUCUCGAACGACUAGGCGCAUACUUCAUUCAUGGUCGCCUCUGAUGAAUCUACCGAUAAGCCCAGGGACAAGUUCUCUUCUCGUGUCAUUCUCACAACAUAUCCAGGCCAGUCCAAUGUGAACCCGUUUCCUCUCAAUUGGGGCGCAACAGACCCUUUAGAACGAGGCCCCAUCAUUGUCUCGCGUCAAGAAAGUACACUCAGCAGCCGCAAUGCAAUCGGCGCACACGGAGGCAGUUACAGUGUCUACUUUGCGCUUGCCAAUGCUACCAACCAGAUGCCCUUCAAUCACAAGCCGGACUUCACAAACACAGAGCCGCCUGUUGACUUCAAGGCUCAACCCACAUGGUCUGAUCCAGAGGCUAUCGCGUCCAUGGACCCCUUUGGUCACCAGGUACAGACUGUGUACAAAGAUCUGAUGGCUGGAAAGGUUGGACUCGACAUCAGACCCACGAUCUCCAUCACGAGGGCAAAAUUGAGCCUUAUUGAGAUGGAGCUUGCUGUCAAGGCCGGACGACUCGUGCCAGAUGGCAAAGUCGUGCUGAAUGACAAAGGUGAAAUGGCUGUGACCAAGGUAGCCGUCGAUCCAGUCUGGUAUCUGCCUCAAAUUGCAAAACGGUUUGGUGUGACUGAGCAGAUUCUCAGACGCUCGCUGUUUGAGUACACUGGUGGCAUGUACCCGGAACUCAUCACACGCCCAGAUAUGAAAGUCUUCCUACCUCCAAUUGGUGGCCUGACUGUCUACAUCUUUGGAGAUCCAGCCAAAGUUUCGGAUGCUUCUGUGCGCCUAGCAUGCCGUGUACAUGAUGAGUGUAAUGGCAGUGACGUUUUCAGUUCAGAUAUCUGUACGUGCCGGCCUUAUCUGCUUUACGGCAUUGAAGAGUGUGCGAAAGAAGCUCAGAACGGCGGUUCCGGCCUGGUGAUUUACUUUCGCAAGGAAGGACGGGCACUAGGUGAGGUUCUGAAGUACCUCGUUUACAACCUGCGCAAACGCGAAGGUGACAGCGCAGACAAGUACUUCAGCGCCACUGAGCGAAUCGCGGGCGUCAAGGAUAUGCGAUUCCAGGCCCUGAUGCCAGACAUCCUUUGCUGGUUGGGCGUCAAAAAGAUCGACAAAAUGCUCUCCAUGUCUAACAUGAAAUACGAUGCCAUUGUUUCGGCAGGCAUUCCCAUCCACGAGCGCGUAGAGCUCCCCGACCAUCUCAUUCCAGAAGAUUCCAAGGUCGAGAUUGAGGCAAAGAUCAACUCUGGCUACUUCAGCUCACGUACUGUCACAGCGGAGGAUCUGACCAAAGUCAAAGGCCGAGGAUGGGCUGAGCCAGAUCAAGCUGUUUCGCUAUCAAACGUCUUUGAAGAUCAAGAUCAUUAAUCCCAUCUGCAGUGUGGUGGGCCUACUACGGCGGCUUGAAUCGAAGAUUGGAGGGUUGGUACCGCU